UAGGGCGCGACUUGUUUUGAGGCAACUGUUACGGAGUGACCCCACAAUUACAAUUUUCAUAAUACAUUUUAUUGUAAAAUCUGACGGUACAGUUGUCGUAAAUCAUAAUUUCCACAGGUUGCGAUGACAUGUCGUCCCGAAAUGAAAUACUACUGUCAUCCGGUGAACUGUCAUCUGGGACACUACCUAACGUUACAUGUAAUCAAUCCAUAUACCACAAGGACUAUAAUCAACCCAGUCACCACCAGUCUUGUCCAGAGGGUAAGGUAAGCUGUGUUUCGUCGGCGGGGGAAGCUUCUCAUCCCGCCUGACUAACUAACCACAACCCGGGUCUAACUGCGGGGGACCUGUUACAGAAUUUCCUCGGGGGUACGUUGUCCCUGGCGCUGAGGAGUUGGCCUGUGUGUACCUUGGAUACAGUCUUGCAUCCAGGUCAAUCGACCCGGCAGUGUUGAUAGAACAGGCCUACAUCAAGUCUCGAGGACGCAAUAAGCUAUUACUUUAUUUGUUUACAGAUGCAAGCAUACAGUACUUAAGGUUUCAAGAAUGGAUAUCGACAAACUAGGUGACAUCAUCAUUCACGACCUAUGGAUGACGUCAUCGUCCGGGUUGGGAGGAAAGUUCUGGAAAAAUAAGCGGACUGAAGUCACGGUCAACAUUAUCUGGAGUCUGAAUGGUCGGAAAGAACAGAACUCACUUAUAAUACCCCAGGAAGAAAUGACGUCGAACGAAGUUUGCAAAAAGAGAGAUAUGAUUCCAGGAUCGCUUGACGGGGUGUUGCGGUGCACGGAGGACAUCCUGUCGGUGGAGGAGGGACACAGGCCGGCGGCUUUUCUCGUUGGGCCGGCCGGGCAAACCGUCCGCAGACUGGAUGUUUGGGAUACGCCAACGGUUUCCAACAAAAACACAGGAAGAAUAAAAUCCAGAGGCCUGAGCCUGUUGAAGAGAGUGGUGCAAUGUUUCGGUCGCCGCCUUAGAAAGUUAAAUGUGAUGAGGAACAGGCAGGCGUCGACCACAGGAAGACAAGCUACAUCAUCAACAUGGCAAGCUUCAUUACUGUGUAUACUGAGAUAAAUGUUAACCUUGUUGCAGAUAAAUGUACAUAUCCUGAAUUCAAUAUUAUUAUUUUGAUUAUCAGCUAUUCAUUUUAUCAAACGAAUGUAGUUAUAAUGGUGAUGAGUUAUGUCUGCAAAAACAUCGUAAUCGUGGUCGGGCAGCUCACCUGACUUUACGUGAUUGAGAACGGCUACUUCCGAAUUUGACUGCUUUGUAAUAUCACAUGUAUUGCGAAACUUACUUAAAAUAAUUGUAUUGAUAUUGUUUUUAUUCACAUACAUCACAGUAAUAAAAUACAAUACCAAUACGAAGAA